CUCUCGAAUCUAUAUAUAAAAAUAUUCCCUCCUCACUUAUGAGUUAUGACCUUAUUCCAAUCCUCGUAUCUCUCAACCAUGGCCACUUCUACUCCCUUCGCCACCACCUUCUUCUCUCUUCUUCUCCUCCAAUUCCUAAUAGGUUCCUAUUCCGCAACAUUCACCAUCGUAAACGAGUGCAGCUACCCUGUAUGGCCCGGCAUUCUGUCCAACGCCGGAACUCCGCAGCUCUCCACGACAGGUUUCGCCCUCCAGCCGGGGGAAUCCAACCCCAUCACAGCCCCCGCCGGCUGGUCAGGCCGCUUUUGGGGUCGCACCCUCUGCUCCCAGGACUCCGAAGGGAAGUUCUCCUGCGCGACCGGGGACUGUGGGUCCUCCGGCGUGGAAUGCGCGGGUGGCGGUGCCGCCCCUCCAGCCACGCUGGCGGAGUUCAAGUUGAACGGAGCCGGGGGAACGGACUUCUACGACGUGAGCCUGGUGGACGGGUACAACCUUCCGAUGACUGUGGAGCCGCGAGGGGGAGCCGGGGGAGGGAACUGCACGGCGACGGGGUGCACGGUGGAUCUGAACGGGGCGUGCCCGACGGAGCUGAAGGUGACGUACGGGGCGAACGGGUGGGACGAGGGGGUGGCGUGCAAGAGCGCGUGCGAAGCAUUCGGGGAGGCAGAGUACUGCUGCAGCGGAGCGUACGCGACGCCGGAUACGUGCAAGCCGAGCAGGUACUCGGAAUUCUUUAAGGAGGCAUGCCCACGCGCCUACAGUUACGCGUACGACGACGGGACAAGCACGUUCACGUGUGCGUCGGCCGAUUACGAGAUCACAUUCUGCCCUGGCUCCAGCACAAGUUUGAUGGAGUCAGGGAAGGAGAAAUACGCGGACGCGGUGGAAGCGUCGGGGGAGCAUGGCAGCGGAGGAGGUAGGUGGAGGCUGCUGUGGGUGUUACUUGAGUUGAUGGCAUUUCGGGUGCUGAGUUAGCAUCAUUCUCUCACCUGUGCCCUUCCUGCUUCGUCCUGCCUUCCACUGCUAACCUCCUCUUCAUUAUUUGCAUUAAUUACAGAGUGAUGCGUGGGACCUUUUUAACUCCACUUAUUAUGGUUUCCAGUUCCCAUACUCACUCUCCUUCUGUAAUUGUGUGUGUGUGUGUGUGUAUUCUCACUCUAAUCCAAUAAAACCAUGCACUCCAAUUUUGCUCUCU